AUGAUAACAGUUCAAUCUCUUGAACGUGAAAACAUAAACGGUGGCCUGGAUGUCAAACUUGGCGAUUAUCCUUAUCACGUGCACGUCGAAAUUCAACACAGCACCACGAACACCAUCGCCGACUGCAAUGGCGCCAUCCUCGAUGAUGUUCACGUGGUAACAGCUGCUCACUGUAUAACCAACGACAAAGGAAUACUUUACGACCCGAUGACCAUUAAAGUCGAGGCUGGAACGAUUUACUUGAAAGAUGAACCCCUGUACCGAGGAUUCGUCAAAGGAAUUUACUUACCUGCCGAAUUUUAUCGGGAUCACAGGAUCGCACAUGCGGACAUUGCUGUAUUGAAAUUGGACACAAGCAUCAAUUUCGAGAGUAGCAACGGUACGAUCGACCGGAUAAAAUUGGCUGAGAGAAACAAGACGUACGAAGGAAGCGAAGCCGAUUUUACCGGGUUCGGCUACAACGACGUCAAACACAUCGAGAAGCCAGAUGGAACCUUCCGCAUCGAGGGAUCGUCCAACGAGCGCCUGCACCACGGCGAGACUCUCAUUCUGAGCGAGGACGACUGCUUGCACUCCAUCAGCAGUAAAACAGUGCUGAACUUUGACGACCAGUUUUGUGCUCGCAUGAAACAACACUCGGGGGACGUUUACCGGGGCGCGUGCAGGGGCGACAGUGGUGGACCACUGGUUGUAAGCGACUUUGGAGCCAAAAAGAAGAUCCUGAGUUUCGCGUUACGUUGA